AUGCCGGAAGGGGCAAAUUGGCAAGGAUUUCAUGACGAUGAACAGAAUCCACCAGCGUCUGGACCACCAGGUCAGGUCUAUCAAGGCGAUCCUCCUCAGAAUCCCGAAUUGCUAAGUAGUCAAUGGCAAAGUGGACCUCAGCAAGGUGAUCCAUCACACAUUUCUCAUCAGCCAAAUGCCCCUUCUCCGUAUUCGUUCAUAUUCGACCCCAGUUCCGGAGGUAUGGCUCAUUAUAACAAUCACUUCAUGAAUGCACCUAAUGGUAGUGUCAAUGAUGACCGUGCACAUAUCUCUGAUUUACAAUAUCAUAGGUCUCACUAUCACCCGGGGGGGCCUAUAUUCCUUCAACCUCCUCAAUCAGCUUCAGCUUCAGCAUCAGCAUCAUACCACCCCAUGACUUUUGAGUCUGCCGCCUCCGUACGCGGAAUGAGACAAACAGACACCCAUCAUUCUGCUGAUAACACUCCUUUAUCCUCAUCUUUUGCUCCUCCGGGAUUCAACCCUUUGUUCCAAGGUUUUGGGUCUGAACAACAGCAGCCUGGGGACAUGUGGGCACAGUGGACCCGAGGUAGACCAAUUACUCCCUCCACAGGUCCCCAAAGGACAUUGUCUCAUUCAAUCUCAGCCAGACCAUCUAAAUUCUCAGGUACCCGAAAUACAGCUGAUGGGCAACACAGGCCAAGCCAAAGCGCAGGUGGACCACUGAUUGCUGCAGGUGGGGGGGAUGACUUGCAACCACCAAGAUUGUCAAACUCAUCCAACGACUCCACGACUGCAGUUCGUUCGGCAUCCCCUGAGAAAGUCAGAAGGUUCCGUCCCCUCAAAGCAAUGAGAUGUCAAAGAUGCAGCCACACCGACAAAAAGUGUGUCAGGGAGUCGGACUCGUUUGUCGAAAGUGAACGUGACAAGGACGGAAAUGCGACCGUAACCUACGUCACUCCGUGUCAAGCCUGCCGUGAUCGAGAAGCGAGUUCGGGCACACCGGUGAGCUGUUGUUUCCUCGUUGAUGUAUAUAAUGCUCGUUUAAAAAAAUCAAAGAGCGGCGGGACCGGGACAAGAAGUAGACAGAAAAAGGUGUGA